AUGAAUAGAAUUCCUCGCAUUAAGGCAGUUCGCACCUUCAUCAUUGACGGUGUUGGCUCCGGCGGUGACUACCACAAUGUCAAGGGAGGCCACUGGCUGAUCGACAGCAACAUCUCCACCCCUAUGACCAAAUGGGCACAGUUCCGUGGCUCGCGAACAUCAUGGGGCAUCAAUGUUCUGGGAUCGUUCUGCGUGGAGAUUGAGGCCACUGAUGGCACCAAGGGCUUUGCAACUGGUUUUGGGGGGUCCCCCUGCAUGCUGGUUGACCGAGCAACACUUCAACCGUUUCCUGAUUGGCGCCGACCCCGCGAUACCAACGACCUCUUCGAGAAGAUGUACCGCGCCUCCAUGUUUAAUGGCCGCAAGGGUCUGCCCGUCGCCGUGAUCUCGAUUGAACUUCUACUGCACUGGUCCCGAGCCCGGUCUGCAAGGCUGCCGGCUUCAUCGGCGCCAAGGUCGCCUUUGCCCCACGGUCCUGACGAGGGUACCGAGGGUCUUCUGAAGAACGUUGAAUACCUGCGCCAGCAGCGCGCGAGAAAGUCGGUGCUGACUUCCCUCUCCGCUGCUGCGAAGCUGCUGGGCUCGAUAUUGACUGGUGGGAGGGAGUGCCUUUCACCUGAGACUUCGACGGCCAAGCAUCUCCUCAAGCGCGCUCACCCCAGUGUCACUUUCACCACCGGCGAGCACGAGUACUCCCGCUACGGCUUCCGCAAGUUGAUUGAGGGCCGUGCAAUGUCGACAUCCUCCAGCCCGAUGUGA